AUGGCUUUUUUCCCACGAGCAUUUUUCGACGACUCUCACUCCUUCACCCCUCUCUUCCGCCUGCUCAACGACUUCGACAAGUACAGUCGUCAAGGCACUUCUUCCGGUGACAGCAAGCGGGGCGGCGAUGCCCUUUGGCAACCCGCAUUCGACGUCCGCGAAACUGGUGACAGUUACGAACUUCACGGCGAACUGCCCGGUCUGACCAAGGAAAAUGUCCAUAUUGAAUUCGCCGAGCCCCAGACCUUGAUUGUUCGCGGUAGAUCCGAGAGAUCGUACACUUCGGGAACUCCACCCUCCAGGGCCCUUGAACAAUCCAACCACAAGGGCGCCAUCGCUGAGGGCAGCGGAACGUCCCAACACAAGGCGACUGUCGAAGAUGCCGACCAAGGAAGCAAACAAGGAAAGCAGCCCGCUCAGCAAGGCGAAACUGCCGUUCAAAAGUCAAACGAGAAGGAUUCCGAGCACGGCGUCAAGUACUGGCUUUCUGAGCGCAGCAUCGGCGAAUUUUCUCGAACUUUCAAUUUCCCUACGCCAGUUGACCAGGAUGCUGUUACCGCAAGUUUCAAGGAUGGUAUUCUGAGCGUUGUUGUGCCAAAGGCCAAGAAGCAGUCCUCUCGACGUAUUGCUAUCAACUAA